AUGAAGUUGCUCACUCUCGGUGUCGAGCUUGAAGCUGUUGCGGAGGGCUAUGAUGCUCGUGACAGGAUUGCCAAGGCGAUCACUAAUGGCCCUCACCCGGCAACCGCCAAGGUCUCGGAUGAUGGGCCCUCCACCGGCGAGACAUCGUGGAUCAUUGCUAAAGACUACUCCAUCGCUCCAGGCAGAGAGGCUUUCACCAGGCGGAUGGAGGGUGUCGAGCUUAUAUCUCCCGUCUUCACCGAUGCCGACACGGUCACUCGCCUUACCUGGCACAGCGAAAUCUGUGAUGUUCUCGGUUCCGUAUGCAGCACCGUGCUACUGCGUACGAAUGAGAGUACCGGAUACCAUGUUCAUAUUGGUAUCGGCAAGGCUCCAGGGCAGACGUUUACCCUGGACGAGCUCAAGAAGAUUGCAGUGAUCACUAUCCUCUACGAGAAAGCGAUUGAUGAGCUGCACCCAGCCCAUCGUUCAGCUGGGCAUGGUAUAACCAAUACCAUGCUCAGAAGCAACAGGUCUAAUUUAUUCUUCGUGGAUUACGAGACAUCAGAAGUACUUGAACAUAUUCUGUCCGCUCGUGAUGUGAAGCAAUUGACAUGCAUGAUGAAUCCCGCCCUCGAUGAUCUCCUUGACUCUGAUAACAAGCCGAUGAAUUAUAUGCGGGAUUACAAGGUCAACUUCGUCAGUGUAUCGAAGUAUGGGACCAUCGAGUUCCGCCAGCACGAAGGCACUAUUGAUCCUGCCGUUGUGUGUGCCUGGGCGGACUUCUUGCUUGCUCUCAUACGGUAUGCUAUGGAGCUUUCAGCGAAGACUAUGAUCACUCUUGACCCUACCAACAUGCCGCUGGUAGACAUUGUGGGUAAGGAUGUUUAUGCUCCACUUAUGCUGUGUGGCCAGUGA